AUGUGGUUCAUCAAUCUGGCUUUGCUGGUUCUCAAACUAUCCGUGUCUGCGGAGGGAUUCUCCACGUGCCAGUCCUACAACUUGGACGACCACAAAUCCAAAAGGAUCGAGGCGGUGCGCGGGCAGAUUUUGAGUAAGCUGCGCAUCCGAAGUCCACCGGAUCCCGACGCCAGUCCGACGCCGGAGUCGGUACCGACGGAGGUGAUGUUACUGUACAACAGCACGAAAGAGCUGCUGAAGGAGCGCGCGCGCCAGGCCGAAGCCGCGUGCGAUCUGGAGAGCAGCGAAGAGGAUUACUAUGCGAAAGAAGUACAGCGGGUGAAUAUGAUACCACAGCGCACCGAAACGAACUCGAUUCAUCAUCAUCCUCACAGCCCAUACUUCAGGGUGGUGGGCUUCGAUGUCACCAACGUGGAGCGAAACUCGAGCACUUUGGUUAAAGCAGAAUUUCGCAUCUUCAGAGCGCCAAACCCACAGGCGCGCACGACAGAGCAACGCGUGGAAAUAUACCAGAUUCUCAAAGCUGAUGAUGUGACGGCUCCAUCCCAGAGAUACAUCGAUUCCAGAACGGUCGAUCCGCGUGCCAAGGGGGCGUGGAUGUCUGUCGACGUCACAGAGACUGUAAAGGAAUGGAUGGCGUUCAGAGAAAGAAAUCUUGGACUUAAGAUCAGUGUACACUGUCCCUGCUGCACAUACGUCCCCUCCACAAACAACAUCGUCCCUAACAAGAGCGAAGUGCUGGAGGCCAGGUUUGCAGGGAUUGAUGAUGACAUCAUCAAGGUGAACCGAAGACCAGGUGCGACUAAAGGACAGAUUGAAUUCAGCACUAAAACGCCACACUUGAUACUGACGCUGUUACCCAGUGACCGCCUGGACAACCCAACCAGGAAAAACCGCAAGAAGAGAUCAGCAGCAGACACAUCUAUAUGCUCACGGGCCGACCAGGGCUGCUGUCUGAGGUCUCUGUACAUUGAUUUCCGUCGGGACUUGAAAUGGAAGUGGAUCCACGAACCGAAAGGGUACAAAGCAAAUUUCUGUGCAGGGAACUGCCCUUACCUGUGGAGCACAGACAAUCACUACAACUUGAUUCUUCCGCUGUACAACAAGAUGAAUCCAGAAGCGUCCGCGUCUCCAUGUUGUGUACCACAGGAUCUGGAGCCCCUCACCAUCGUUUAUUUCCUAGGCCGAACCCCUCGUGUUGAACAGCUCUCCAACAUGGUGGUCCGGUCCUGUAAGUGCCGUUGAAGCAGCGGAGAGAGAAAAGAUAAAUACAGAUAAAGAGGUGGAUGAGUAAAACCACAACUGACAAGAACAAUAUUUUAAUAACGAACAAUAUUUCUUACAGUACGAACCUGUAUGGGUGGCGAGUUGUCGGGAGGAAUAUCAUAUAUCUUAAGCAUCAUACGUACAGUAUGCACAUCCUGCAUCGGUCAUAUUUUAAUAGAAGAGCUUUUAGACAGCAAUAUCGCAACAGUGACAAUAGUUUUCAUACAAAGUUUAUUGUAGAAUUGUUUAUUUUUGCAAUUUGCAAGUGUACAUAGUUUUUGGUGAAGUUUAUAUUUGAUUAUUUACUUAAAACAAUAAAUUUCGAUUAUGUAA